GGCAGCCCGGUGACAAUGGGCAUAGCCCCACGACAGGAGCGGGAGACGUUUCGGCCGGCUCCGCAGAGUUCUCUCUCCUCUGGUCCCACAGCGCCCAUUCUGGUUUCCCUGGCAGCUGGGGCAUGGCCGUCAAUGUGUACUCCACAUCCGUGACCAGUGAGAAUCUGAGUCGCCAUGACAUGCUUGCGUGGGUCAAUGACUCCCUGCACCUCAACUACACCAAGAUAGAACAGCUCUGUUCAGGAGCCGCCUACUGCCAGUUCAUGGACAUGCUCUUCCCGGGCUGCGUGCACUUGAGGAAGGUGAAGUUCCAGGCCAAGCUGGAGCACGAAUACAUCCACAACUUCAAGGUGCUGCAAGCCGCUUUCAAGAAGAUGGCUGUUGACAAAAUCAUUCCCGUAGAGAAAUUAGUGAAAGGAAAGUUCCAGGAUAACUUUGAGUUUAUUCAGUGGUUUAAGAAAUUCUUUGACGCAAACUACGAUGGAAAGGAUUACAACCCUCUGCUGGCGCGACAGGGCCAGGAUGCAGCGCCACCACCUAACCCAGGUGAUCAGAUCUUCAACAAAUCCAAGAAACUCAUUGGCACAGCAGUUCCACAGAGGACGUCCCCCACAGGCCCCAAAAACAUGCAGACCUCUGGCCGACUGAGCAACGUGGCCCCACCCUGCAUCCUCCGGAAGAAUCCCCCCUCCGCCCGAAAUGGCGGCCACGAGGCUGAUGCCCAAAUCCUCGAACUCAACCAGCAGCUCUUGGACCUGAAGCUGACGGUGGACGGGCUGGAAAAGGAGCGCGACUUCUACUUCAGCAAGCUGCGUGACAUCGAGCUCAUCUGUCAGGAGCACGAGAGCGAAAACAGCCCCGUCAUCUCAGGCAUCAUCGGCAUCCUCUAUGCCACCGAGGAAGGAUUCGCGCCCCCAGAAGACGAUGAGAUCGAGGAACACCAACAGGAAGACCAGGACGAGUACUGAGGGCGUGCAGCCUGGCUGACGUCCUGGUCCCCAUGCCUCCCUCCCGUGCCCCCACAUUACAAUCCUUUCCUAGCAGUGGCCGGCUGCAUUGUGUCAGCACCGGCACCAGGGAGCCAGGCACACGGGUAGGGGCUGGCGCCGGUGGGCAGGCAGAGGCCCCGGGGUGGGCUCCCUGCCCCCAGCCCAUCCACUACUGUCAUCUUGUGCCGAGUUGGCCAGCACUUGCCGGGGUGCUGCUGCCGCCCGCCCACCCACCAGCCACCCGCUCCCACGGCAGCAGCUCCAGAUCGGCAAAGGCGUUGGUGUAUAUUUACUUCUGGAGUUUCCUUGCACUUUACCCGUUCUUUUCCAGGGCUGACAGCACGGCCCUGGCAGUGGGCCGGGGCUGGGGCAGGACUCCCU